CCCAGCCAUCGGUGGUGGCAUCGGUAGCUGCAGCGGAGCAGUCGCCGUAUGCGCGCGCGCAGGAGGAGCAGGAUGAGGACGUGGGGCUGCUGGACGGUCGCAUCCGCCCCUGUCCCCUGGCGGUCAACCCCAACUGUAUCUCCACCUCCUCCCUCAGCCUUGCCUACUCGCCACCUUGGACCGUGCCUUCCCUCAGUGCCUUCAGGGCCGUGCAGAGGCUAGAGGGAGUGCUUCUCUCUGCGCUCAAGAACCCGGUCAUCGAGGAGUCAGUAGAUGUCGCUGAUG